GCACCGCAUCCGUGUUAUACGCGUUUGGUCCAUGUGCGUUCGAAGUCGUCACCGUCGAUCUUGGACGACGAUUAAACGUGUCGAUUCGCGCGUGUCGACUCGGGAAACGAUACGAUGAUUAUCCUGUGAUUUAAUCAUCGUCUUAAUUGCUAAUCAGUGUUAAAACGGUGAACGAUGAGUUAAGGACGAGAUCAGGAGGGAAAAGAUGCGAAAGACGUGCGACGAUCGCGGCUGGCAGCUCGCGAUGAUCAGACAGGAUCCACGUGAGAUCGAGCGUGGCUCUGAACGCGGUUGCAGCGGAGCUGACACGCGCGUGCAACCGCGUCUCUGAGGAUUUUCCGCUUCUCGUCACAGUUACGCGAAAUUCUCCUUUCAAUUUUCAUCGAUUCGCUUCUUUUCAUUCCUCCUCGCUGAUCGUACCGAGGAUAUUUUAUCGCGCGUGUUGUGAACUGACUAAAAUCCUCUUCGAAAGUGUUUCGAAUCGCGAGCUGAAAAGGUAGUUGCGUAACCGGCUAAGUGUGUUCGGGUGUGUGGAAAAUGUAAAAGAUUCGUAUUCGUAAGCUGUCGAUUUCGAUCUCGCACGAGCGGAAUCGAGCGGAUAAACGAUUCGACUGAAAGAAACGAUCGACAAGUGAGAACGAGGUGUUAAAAAUGCUGUGUCGUUGGCUGGUCGUUCUGAUAUUCGCUGCUCUUCUCCUGGUUAUCGAAGCGAUCGCGGUCAGCAAAGGAACUUUUGUUCGGGAUCAAAAGCUGUUGGGAGGAAAUGUGUUCGGCAAUCAGAACGUCACUAACGCGCCAACGUUCGAGAUGAACGUCCCUCGAAACGUGACCACAGCAGUGGGUCAGACUGCUUUUCUUCAUUGCAGAGUACAUCAGCUGGGUGAUAAAGAGGUGUCCUGGAUGCGUAAAAGGGACAUGCACAUCCUUAGCACGGGGAUCUCCAUGUACACGUCGGAUCUAAGGUUCCAAGUGAUCCAUCCCGAGAAAUCGGAGAACUGGACGCUGCAGAUCAAGUCUCCUCAAGAACGAGAUGCCGGGGUUUACGAGUGCCAGGUCAGCACGGAACCAAAGAUGUCGUUGAACUACAGCUUGAACGUGAUCGAAGCACGAGCUAGAAUAAGUGGGCCAUCGGAUAUAUAUGUAAAAACUGGCAGUCUUCUCACACUCACCUGCCUGAUGUCUCAAGGACCUCAUGAUUUGGGUACAGUAGCUUGGUACCGUGGUAGUCAGCCAGUAGUAACGUCGCCACAUUCGGAGAACGACGUAAACGGUGAGCCUCGUAUCACUGUGGAAACAGAAUGGAGCGACGCACUCACAUCAAGAUUGAGGAUCACCCAUGCAAAGCCAGGCGACUCUGGGAACUAUAGCUGUGUGCCCACUGUGGCAGAGAAGGCCAGCGUCAACGUGCACGUCAUCAAUGGAGAGCAUCCAGCCGCAAUGCAGCACGGGAACACGGCAGCAGGCUCGCCAACAUCGAAGACGGUCCUCCUAAUGCUCGCCUUCUUUUUGGGUCAAUUGAGAUAAUGUGUGUUCUCGUACGUGUCUGUGCGUGGCAUGUACACAUGUGUGUGUGAAUGAACAUGUGUGUGAAUUCACGUGUGAGAAGCUUUCUUCUCGCACAUGAUGAAUCUUACCGAGCAUUAAGUGAAAUUCGAUGGAUCGUUGGACACAAUAAGACGUAGCCACCCCCCAUUCCCUGUUUGUACCUUGAUCGAAAUUCAAUUGACGGCUGAACGAGCAAUCAUCGACGAAGAAGCUUUCUUGUACCGUGCGAUGAACGAUAAAGCUGAUUGGCAAGUUCUUUUUCUUUUUCUUUUAAUUUUCUGAUUCGGAGAAAUCGUCAUUAACCAUUUUUUUUCUCUUUUUAGUGGAAAUUUAUGGUAACGUGAAUUAACGAAGCUUUUUGU